UGUAUUAAUGAGUUAACAAGCUGUCCAGGUGGCACAAAUUGUUUUCUGUUUGGCUUUAAAAGUCCUGGUUUGGUUGGAAUUAUAUGUAUAGUUAGUUUGGCUGCCAGGAGGUUAAGUGAGUGGUGAAGAAUGGACGUGAUUAAAUUAACUUUUUUGGUGUUUCUUUAUCAGCAGUUGCUAUGGCAAGGAAACGUCUGGAGUCAGGCUGCGAACACCACUGUCAGCACGACGCCGCCGCCUCAGGACGACUCUGGGGAUAACGUCACUGUCAGCACGAUGCCGCCUCAGGACGACUCUGGGGAUAACGCCACCGUCAGCACGACGCCGCCGCCUCAGGACGACUCUGGGGAUAACGUCACUGUCAGCACGACGCCGCCGCCUCAGGACGACUCUGAGGAUAACGCUACCGUCAGCACGACGCCGCCGCCUCAGGACGCCACCGACUCUGGGGAUAACGCCACCGUCAGCACGACGCCGCCUCAGGACGACUCUGGGGAUAACGCCACCGUCAGCACGACGCCGCCGCCUCAGGACGACUCUGGGGAUAACGUCACUGUCAGCACGACGCCGCCGCCUCAGGACGACUCUGAGGAUAACGCUACCGUCAGCACGACGCCGCCGCCUCAGGACGACUCUGGGGAUAACGCCACCGUCAGCACGACGCCGCCGCCUCAGGACGACUCUGGGGAUAACGUCACUGUCAGCACGACGCCGCCGCCUCAGGACGACUCUGAGGAUAACGCUACCGUCAGCACGAUGCCGCCGCCUCAAGACGCCACCGACUCUGGGGAUGACGUCACUGUCAGCACGACGCCGCCGCCUAAGGACGACUCUGGGGAUGACGCCACCGUCAGCACGACGCCGCCGCCUAAGGACGACUCUGGGGAUGACGCCACCGUCAGCACGACGCCGCCACCUCAGGACGCCACCGACUCUGGGGAUAACGCCACCGUCAGCACGACGCCGCCUCAGGACGCCACCGACUCUUGGGAUAACGCCACCGUCAGCACGACGCCGCCGCCUCAGGACGACUCUUGGGAUAACGCCACCGUCAGCACGACGCCGCCGCCUCAGGACGCCACCGACUCUGGGGAUAAUGCCACCGUCAGCACGACGCCGCCGCCUCAGGACGACUCUGGGGAUGACGCCACCGUCAGCACGACGCCGCCGCCUCAGGACGCCACCGACUCUGGGGAUAAUGCCACCGUCAGCACGACGCCGCCGCCUCAGGACGACUCUGGGGAUGACGCCACCGUCAGCACGACGCCGCCGCCUCAGGACGCCACCGACUCUGGGGAUAACGCCACCGUCAGCACGACGCCGCCGCCUCAGGACGCCACCGACUCUGGGAUAACGCCACCGUCAGCACGACGCCGCCGCCUCAGGACGACUCUGGGGAUAACGCCACCGUCAGCACGAUGCCGCCUCAGGACGACUACUCUGGGCAUAACAGGACCACGAGUUGGCUUCAAAUGUUGCCUUGAGUCCUGCUGA